AUGUCGUCUGUUCACUAUAAGUUUUCCUCCAAACUGGACUACAACACGGUCACUUUCGAUGGGCUACAUAUCACCCUCAACGAGCUUAAACGGCAGAUUAUGGCCCGGGAGCGUCUCAAGGCCACAGACUGCGACCUGCAGAUCACCAACGCGCAGACGCGAGAAGAGUACACAGAUGAUGAAGCCCACAUCCCAAAACACUCAUCAGUGAUCGUCCGCCGCACUCCCAUUGGUGGAGUGAAACCGUCUGGCAGGACGUUCAUUGUAGAUCGUUCUGACACAUCUGUUGUGGGAUCUUCGAGACCCACGGAUUCUUCUCCUUCUAUGUCUUUUGCCCAGCUUGCCAAGACCGCAAACCUGGUGGAUGCAAAUGCUUCAGAGGAGGACAAGAUAAAAGCCAUGAUGUCCCAGUCAAACCACGAAUACGAUCCUAUCCAUUACUCUAAGAAGGCCGUUGGACCCCCACCCGCGCAUUAUACCUGCUUUCGGUGUGGGAAGGCAGGUCACUACAUCCGGCACUGCCCCAUGCUGAUGGUGCAGGAUAAAAGCGUGGAUGGGCCCAAGCCUGUAAGAAUCAGUAAGGGUAUACCACAGAGCUUCAUGGUGAAAGCGGAGCCGGGGGCCAAAGGAGCCAUGCUGACCAGCACCGGAGAAUAUGCCAUACCUGCCAUUGAUGCGGAGGCAUAUGCUCAAGGAAAGAAAGAGCGACCUCCAUUUGUUCCAAACGACCAGUCGUCAUCUGAGGACGAUAACGACCCAAUCCCUGACGAACUGUUGUGUCCGAUCUGCAACGACCUGAUGACCGACGCUGUGGUGAUUCCCUGCUGUGGAAACAGCUACUGCGAUGACUGUAUCAGGACUGCUUUGUUGGACUCAGAGGAGCACGUCUGUUUCACGUGCAAACAGUCCGACGUUUCACCGGACAAUCUCAUUGCCAACAAGUUUCUUCGACAGGCUGUGAACAACUUUAAGAAUGAGACUGGAUACACCAAACAUAGUCGCAAGCAGUUCCAGCAUGCGGCCCCCCCACCUCCACGCCCACAGCUUGUCAGGCCUCUGCAGUCCAGGCAGCAGGAUCCUCUUCUGGUCAAUACCUCUAACUCUUCUUCGACAAAUGCACCUGCAAUAACCCCUAAAGUGGAAGUCGUCCUUCCUGCUCCUGCUCUUCCCUCUGCUCCUACUCCUCCUCCUGUUGAAGAAAAAGAGGACUCGCCAGCCCCGGCACCUGUUGUUGACCGUCACUCUCCCAUGCACACCGCCAGCCAGGAUGAACCACCCCCACCAGGUGAGACUGAUCCAGAGCCUGCUGUCACUACUGCAAAAAAAGACUCCUCAGGAUCCUCAGAAUGUGGCUCACAGAGCUACAGCUUACCCGUUGUUCCCCUGCCCACCACAAGACACCACCCUUCUGGUCACCAGUCACGGGCACACCACUCUCAAAGAGGACCACCUAGAAAUUGGUAUCGAGGAAGAGGGGAGCAUCCCUCUACUCACUUACAUGUGGCUCCACCUCCUGCACCAAAUCCUUCAGUCUACGCAUCUCUCCUGUAUCCUCCUCCGCCACAGUCCUACCCACCCCCCUACGCCUCUGGUCCAGGCCUAAUUGGUCCACCUGCUCUCAGUUACCCACCACAGCCUAUGUAUGCCCCUGGACCUCCUGGGCUCAACCCCCACUGGGUGACCCCUGGUACGCAGCCCCCUCCUCUACCUUUACCGCCAUCCCUGUCGCAGCCCCCUCUGACAAAUGAGGAUUUCUACAGAGAGAGGCACCACAGACAAGACAAAGUUACAUCCAAACUGGAUGAAUUUACUAAAGACUUCCAUGAAGAGCUUAUCAAGUACAGAAAUGCACCAAAGAGACGGGGGCCACCUUAUUCAAGGUCCCGGUCAUACAGCCGCUCUCCGUUCAGCCGCUCUCCUUACUCUCGCUCUAGAUCUCGAUCCAGAUCAAGAUCCAGGUCUUACUCGUUUACCCCAAGUCGAUCCCGAUCCCGCUCCCGCUCACAUGGCCGGUCUUAUCCCCGCUCGCCUUACUCUCGACGAAAUGGACGCAGCUAUGGACGCUCGCGGACAAGGUCCCGCUCACGCUCGAGGUCCUACAGCUACCGACGCUCUGGCUCACCGCGCUCUCCUCUCUCCUACCGGGGAGGGGCCUGGGAGGGGGCAGAGGGGGCCGGGCCCUUCAGGUCCCGCUCCCGCUCCCCUGGUGGCUAUCGGAACCGCAGCCCCGGUGGGCGAAAGCCACCACCCCGAGAGCUGCCUCUGUUUGACAUGAAGGGACCCACUCCUGCAGGCCAAGACCGCUGGGAGAGAGAGCGAUAUCGACAGUGGGAGAAGGAGUAUGCAGACUGGUAUAACAAGUACUACAAAGACUACGACGGCCAGCAUGCCUCACUGCAUCCCAGAGGUCAUGGCAGCAGGGACAGGGAAAGGGAAAAAAUGUCUUCAUCCCGAGACUACUCACCCCAGGGGAGAGGAAGACGAGGAAGAGAAGAGCGAGGACCACCACCUCACCACCUCCCAUCUUCCUCCUCAUCAGGGACCAAGUCCAGCGCUAAAAUUUUGAAAUCAAAGAAAAUAAAGAAGAGGAGGGCGGGAGAUGAACCCGAAGGAUCUCAGCAGUCGCUGGACAGAGGCGACGCCACUCCCGUCAGGGAUGAACCCAUGGAUGAAAUAGCCUCACACUCUAAAACUCCUCCCAUCUCCUCUAGGCAGGCGACUGGUACUGCAGCCUCCAAAGCUCCAGCCUCCAAAAGCAAUGCUGCACCCGCCAAACCCACAACCAAGUCGGCAUCAAAGACUCAGCCUGACAAGACGAAGAAAGAGAAGAAUCCAAAGGUGAAAGCUAAAGUGAAGACGGAGGGGUUGAAGGUGAAGAGCGACAAGUUGAAGAAGAAGCCUGCAGAGCCUGUGGUCGCCAAAAAGAAAGAGUCGUCGUCCUCCUCCUCCUCAUCUGCUACAAAACCAAUAAAGAGCACAAAAAACAAACCAGAGGAAUCCUCAAAUACAGCUACCCCUAAAAAGGAGAAGACUAAAUGCUCUGCUGUUAGACCUCCUCUGAUCAAGACCCCUCCGAUGCCCUCCCAGAGUCUGCCUCACCCCUCUCUUCACGAAGGUGCUCGGGCUGGCAACGAGUUGCGUGGUCGAAGAGAUCUUCCACAGGGCGUCGGGCUCCUUCCUUACCCCCAUCCUCAUGGACUCCCUCUCCUCCUCCCACCUCCGUCGUCAGUGGACAGCAGGAGGAGGAUGGGCGACGAGUGUCGUUCUCUACUUGGACCCCCUCCUGAUAAGCUGAGGCGGAUAGACGGCUUUGGCAGUGGGAACGACGUCAUGGCUCACUCCCACAUGCCCCAUCAGCCCAUAUUCCACAGGGUCCCGCCCCCCUCCGACAGGUCCAGUUUUCACCCCCCACAAGGCAGGCGCGAACAUAUCCAAGGAGAAGCUGAUCGAGCAGCCAUUAGACCUCUGAUGGAAAUUCAGAAGCCAGUGCGAAGGAUAAAGUUAAACAGAGAUCUCGGAAGGAGAGGCAGCACCGAGUCGGCACCCUCAGACAGGACACAGUCGGGCUCUGAGAAGGCAAACGCCGCCUCAGACCGAUCAGCCCACGUCUCCGAGGUGGAGAGAGCCAGCAGCUCAACAGAAGGAGCUGGAAGAAAAGAGCAAACUACUGAAAGGGGGGUCUCCAGAGAGAAGACGAACAGCUCUGGAGAUAGACGCCACGGCUCCGACAGAGAGCCAGACCGACACUCUGGACAGGACAGAGAGAGAGAGCGAGAGAGAGAGAGAGCGUCCGGUUCGGACAGAGAUGUGGGUACCGACAGGGAGGGGGAACGGGUCUCUGGGUCAGGCUCGCAGAAGGGGGCGGUGGACAGGGACGCAGAGGGAGAGAAGUCGGAGAAGAAGGAGCGGAAGAACUCGGGCAGCAGUAAUGCGGGGGGCAGGUCCGUCUGUGUCGAUAAAAUGACCAUCGGAGAGAAAUCCACCGUCACCAGGAGACCUUCAGACCACCAGGAGAAACCCAGUGCUUCCUCCAAGGAGAGAAGCGAGGGGUCAGAGCGGGCGGCCAAGUCUGACAGGAGUGCUUCCAAGGACAGAGCAGAGAAGAGUGUCCUCUCUGGAGAGAAAGCAGCUGCUGCUCACAGAGAGGGAUCAACUUCGACAGGAGUUAAAGACAGUAAGGAGACAGCUGCAAAAAGCAAACCCAAGAUCAGUCGCAAGGCUCUGUCGAGCCACAGUUCCAGCUCCACUAGAUCAAGUCAAGACAAAAAGCCGGACCCGGAAAAAGAGCAGAGGAGCGUAUCCUCUAAACCUGCAGAGCCGCCCCAGUCCAGCCCGGCGGUCAGCCGCGCUCGCAGUCCCAGUGCCAGCCCCGCCCCCAGCCCGGCCAGAGAGGAGCCGCUCAUUCAGCCGCCGCCCCGCUCAAAGUGGGAGAGGGAAGACGACGAAGAGGGGCUGGAUGAUGUGCCCAGCGCUCCCGCAAAGGAGCCCUCGCCUGUGCCGGCCAGGAGCCGGGGCAGAGAGGGGAACCAGGAAGCGCCCAAAGCCACCAGGAGCAAAGGCCGCGAUGCCUCCAGAGAUGAGAGAAGAGGGGGGGCCCGGGAGGAGAAGAAAGGCAGAACACCGAGGGAGGAGGGUAAGAGUGGCAGGGCUCCACCGGCGGACUCGGAUAAACCAGCAAAAACAAAAGUUGUUAAGGAGGAGGGAAGAGGAGCUAAAGAGGAAAGGAGAUCCACGGUGAAAGAGGAGGAAAGAAGAGGGGGAGGGAGAGAGGAGAGCCGAGGCGUGACGGUAAAGGAGGAGAGGGCAGCUGAAAGCCGAGCCGGAGCAGGACGGGAUGACAGCCGUGGGCCAGAGCCCAAGAGGCAGCGCCUGUGCUCAGACCUGGCCCGCGAGACGGACGAAGCAGCCUUUGUGCCCGACUACAGCGAAGGCGAGGGCUCCGAGCCCGAAAGAGGGAGGAGCGGCAGCGCCAGCCCGUCCCUCAGCCAGCCCUCCCACAGCCCCACGCUCAGCAACCACAGCGGCUCGGCCUCCAACUCAGCAGACAAGAAGAAGAAGAAGCAUAAGAAACACAAAAAACACAAGAAACACAAGAAACACAGCGGCCCGGAAAAAGAGGGAGAGCUCAAGAAGCACAAACACAAGAAGAAGAAACACAAAAAGAACAAAGACAAAGACUCCGAGGAAGACGGGAAGAAGACGGAGAAAGAGGUGCCGUGCUAA